AUGGAUAUAAAUAAGGAACAUGUGGACGAUCAUGAAACCUCCGAGGCUCUAACUACUUCCGACAGGAAUUGUGGUCCCACCUUGAGUGAAAACAAACUUAAACCUUUCUUUGGUUGGUACCAACCUCAGUUGGGGAGGCUGAAUGCGAAAAAUACUGUUAGGAGUGAGCCGGGGGACCAAGGCAGCUGUCAGGCAGACUACGACAGCGAACGCUUUUUUUUUGAUUCCACCAGAAAAAUGCUAGCGGAUGAAGUCGCUCGUCGCAAGGAUGAACGCCACAAUUCAAAAAGUGCCGAUAAACUUCGUAAGGAGCCUAAAACUACUACGGUAAACACCGAUGACGAUUUCGAGAAGCUAUUUGCCCCUCUUGGGCAUGCUACCCCUAUAGAGGACUUAUUUUGGGGACCCCCUUUGAGUAAGAAACUGCCCCCGGCCACGGACUAUGAGCGGCUACUAAAUGAUUAA